AUCGUUUCAACUCUCCAUUUUGAAAAAAAGUGAAAUCCUCGGCAGGGGCGUGAAGAAAAUAUUCCCGACUUGCUGCAACAAGGAGGAAAACUGAGUUUUUAAACUAAAUUAGUUUUGUAUGCGUGGCGUGGGUGUGGAUACACGAUUUUUCUGUCGGUAAAAUGGGAAACUGCCACACCGUUGGACCAAACGAGGCCCUUGUGGUUUCAGGUGGCUGCUGUGGCUCAGAUCAGAAGACGUAUGUCGUAGGAGGCUGGGCUUGGGCCUGGUGGCUCAUCUCUGACAUCCAGAGGAUAACGCUUGAGAUUAUGACCCUGCAGCCCAAGUGUGAGGAUGUAGAGACAGCGGAGGGUGUAGCUAUUACUGUCACUGGGGUGGCUCAGGUGAAGGUGAUGACAGAAAAUGAACUGCUGGGUUAUGCCUGCGAACAGUUCCUGGGGAAGUCAGUCAUGGAGAUCAAGAGCGUCAUCCUGCAGACCCUCGAGGGUCACCUGCGUGCCAUCCUUGGUACCCUCACUGUUGAGCAGAUUUACCAAGACAGAGACAAAUUUGCCACCCUGGUGCGUGAGGUGGCAGCACCCGAUGUCGGCCGCAUGGGCAUCGAAAUCCUCAGCUUCACCAUUAAGGAUGUAUAUGAUAAAGUGGAGUACCUGAGCUCACUGGGCAAAACUCAGACGGCUGCAGUGCAGAGGGAUGCAGACAUCGGUGUAGCAGAGGCAGAGAGAGAUGCUGGCAUCAGGGAAGCCGAGUGUAAGAAAGAAAUGAUGGAUGUGAAGUUCGUCGCAGACACAAAAAUGGCCGACUCCAAACGAGAGCUGGAAAUGCAGAAAGCUUCCUUUAACCAGGAAGUGAACACAAAGAAAGCACAGGCCCAGCUGGCGUACGAGCUGCAGGCAGCCAAAGAGCAGCAGAAGAUCCGUCUGGAGGAGAUCGAAAUCGAGGUCGUACAGAGGAAGAAGCAGAUCACAAUUGAAGAGAAAGAGAUCGACCGUACUGAAAAGGAGCUCAUCGCCACUGUGAAGAGACCUGCCGAGGCCGAAGCCUACAAGAUGCAGCAGCUGGCUGAAGGGCAGAAGAUAAAGAAAGUGCUGACAGCACAGGCAGAGGCUGAGAAGAUCCGCUGUAUCGGUGAGGCAGAGGCUUCUUCCAUUGAAGCAGUGGGAAAGGCAGAGGCUGAAAAGAUGAGGAUGAAAGCUGAGGCCUACCAGCAGUACGGCGAGGCUGCCAAGACCGCUCUGGUCCUGGAGGCUCUGCCCAAGAUUGCUGGCAAAGUGGCUGCACCCCUCGCCAAGACCAAUGAGAUCGUCAUCCUGAGUGGAGAAGGCAGCCGUGUGACUGGAGAGGUGAACCGUCUAUUAGCUGAACUCCCAGUCUCCGUCAACGCUCUCACUGGGGUGGAUCUGACGAAGAUCCCUCUGCUCCAGAAGAUGACCAACCCACAGUGCCAAACAGCCAUGUGAUGAAUCAGGCCUGAGACUCGUUACUCUGAAUCUUUUGCUGUGUAUCUGCCUCAAGCAUGAAAACAGUUCAAUCCCUUAUGCAACUGCCUUUGACCAGAAACACUUGACACCAACCAAGAGCUUUUUUAUAUUUUUAAGAGGUUUUUAAUUUUCUAAAGGAAAAAAAAAAAAAAAAAACUAAAACAGGGGCCUUACUUCAGAAGGACCAGACUGUAUGUAUCCUCUGUUGUUUUUAGUUUUUGUUGUAGAAACAUUUAUCGUACUGCACUAGUUAGCCAGAAUUAUAUGCUGCAAUCUUAUUCAGUCCCACAGGUCAUCACAAAGAGAGCUGGGUGUUUCUGAGACAAAAGUCAGAGUUGUAGGCGAGGGAACGAAUCCAGAAAUAUACAGGACAAAUCUCUACAUAGCUGUCUAAAUUUCUGCCUGGAGUUUGGAGUGCGCUGCUUUCCUGUCGGGUGUUUUGACACUUUAUCAGCUCUGGAAGUGGAGCAAAGUGUUUCCAGCUCCUGCCUCUUCAUGACACACUCAAUCAUCGAAUACUUAGAGCCCCGUUAAUGAAGUAGCUUCCAGUAGACUGAGCUAGACUGCAGCUUUCAGGCCUUCUUUGCUUUUAAAACUAGGAUUUCUAGAGCUGUUAGAUUAACAAAUUAUGUUAUGACGCAGCCGAUCUUCACGCACUGUGAUUAUAGAAUUGACAGUAUAUCACAAUAUCAGCGACACAUUUGAGUCAUGCAUGAUGAACUUUACCUCACAGUAGAUUCUCACGUAGCCCGUCCUCUUGUUCUGAUGUGCAGUGCCUGUUCACCACUCAAGUGCCCAAACCGUAGGACAGUGGUUUGGCUUUAGUUGGGUUAAUGUCCGAGUAUAUCACUGUGUUCUAGAUGGAUGAAGUUUAAAUAUUAUCUCAUGACAUCUGCCUGUACUAACAGUAGUGUUUUUAGCUUCACUUUUGUCGUGUGUUCGGACACAUGGGCAGAGAUAAAAUCGCUAAUCAGAUGCAUAACUAACGCAAAGCCAUACUUAGAAGUGAUUAGCCUUAAUGGAGACCUUGGAUGCCUGCCAGGCUUACUGAACAUUUCUGUAUUACCUCAAGUGGCACGUGGAAGACAUUCAGGGUCUGAGGUUUAAUUCGAUUCGCUCCUCCUCUCUCUCCCCUCGGUCCACCUGGAUCGACUAUUAGCCCGUCUUCUCUUCACAUGUGGUAACGUGUUUCCUAGACGUUGUUUGAAAUUUUUCAGAUUGUGUACAUAUUUUUUACUUUAAAAAGUAAACCCCCCCACACUAAAUCCUCAGCAGAGGCUCGCCGCUGACCUCUGUGGGUUCAAAGUUGCCUCGGCGUUGCAGAUCUGACCACUCCCGGUCCGGGAUGACAAAGCAGGAAUUUAAGGUUUGCACUCGGUCAAAAGUUGGAAAGCGAGCAGGUGAUCAGGCUGGAAACACUGCACACGGUGUUUGUGCUCAGGUGGCCUUUAGUUUGGGAAAAGAAACGUGAGGUGUGGGCGAAAGGUCGGACGUCUCCGUCUGACGUUUUGAAUCAAAAGAAACUGUCCGAGGCUCUAAUUUCUACAUGCAGUCUGUUACAAUAUCACUUUGAAUACGUUCCAAAAUCCACGUGUAACCUCAUGAUCGUGUAAACAGCUUUAAAAGAGUUUAAUUUCACAGAGACAUAAUCGACACCUGUUACAUUAGUUCCUCUUAUGAGUCAUAAAAUUCUAGCAUCACUCAUAAAUUACUACGUUUAGAGCGUCUUCAAACUUUAAAUAGAUGUUUUCAUUUCUUUCACAGCAGGUCAAAGCUCAUGACUUGUGGUGUGCACUUGCAGGUUUCAACCUCUAGAUGGCAGAAUCUCAGCACGAUUUUCAGUUCUUCAAUCUGAAUGAGCCUUUUGUUGCUACAUGUUACAAACCUAAGCUUCAUAUUUUUAUAUCAUCUUCUGUGUUGUUUUGUUACAUCAUCCACACAGCUUUUUUUUUUUAUUAUUUUAUUUCUGUUACGCUUCUGUUAUUGUGAAUAAUCAUUAACCACUCAUCAGAAUCUGUGACCAUAAAUGUUACGCUUCGUUGUGCCAGUGAUCGUUAUGAAGUUAUUAUAUAGUCGCGCCUUUUUUUUUUUCUUUCCUGUGAAAUAAACACGAGGCUUGUUUGGUCUGCGCAGAUUUCAUCCUGGUCUUUGUUUAUUACAUGAAUGUUGAAGUUCCCUCAAAGCUCUGAUGUGCUUCUUGUGUUUGUACCUAGCUUACCGUACAUACAAGAAUAUUAUUAUGAACCUGUUGAUAUGUUCUUAAAUUCAGAACGGCCAGUGAUUUGAACAAGUGAUCAGCUGCUGCCAGGAUUUCAAACCUGAUCACCUUUUUAAACUUUCCACUUCAGGGUGGUCUCUGGUGGGGCUUCGGAUGAGUGAGUGAGGCCUCAAAUGGCACCAAUUCAACAUUAAAAACAUGCUUGAUCAAGGAAAAAAAUUCCUUAAAUUUCACUAAAACUACAAAUUAUUGAAGGUGAGAAACGAGACAGUUGCAGAUUUGUUUUUUUCUUUUCUAUCCACAUUGCCUAAAUGUCAGCGUUACCGAGGUGAUACAUGCGAGUUGCGUGUCACAAGUCGUCAUUUUAACGUCCGCCGAUUUGAAGACACACGAAGUGAAAAAUUGUAAAAUCGAGUACGCAAAAUGUGCAAAUGUGUAAUUUUACUGAACAAACUUCUUCUACUUUGUGACGCUCCUUUUGCUUUAGAGAAGUAGAUCUGUGUACACAGUGCCUUUGUUACAUAAUGAGGUCAUUCGUUCUUCAAUGUGCAGAUUGUCGACGGUAUUAAUCAACACGCUCGAAAGUACUGACGGGAUGUUCUAUUAGGAAUUAGCUCCUAGGAAAAAGACCGACUUGUAGAUUGUGAACUUGAUAAAUAUAUUAGCUGUAAAUGUUCCUCUUUCUACUUUAUCUGUUUUAUGUACUUUAUGACAUUCUGUCCUACAAAAUGUGUAAGGGAACACGCACACACCUAUGUAUAAAUACACAUGUAGCACUAUAGGAAGCAUUUCGCAGCUGUUACUUCUGAAUCUGACCUGAGUUGUUAUUCGUUGUUUUGGCCAUCGUAUUUGUGCCAAAGAAUUUGCAUCGUCUAAUCAGAUUAAUUCUCGUUACUCCCAAGUAGCAUUUGAGAGGAGACUGACCAAACAUCAUAGACCUACGCCUUAACUCUUUGUCUUCAUCUGAAACAUCUGUUGUCUAUCGUACAAGUAAUCUGUAAUCUCUAUUAAGAAUUAUAUUGUGGAUUUACCUUGUGGCUUCUCAUGUAACACCGGCCUUUGGAGAACUGAUCCAGCAUGGCAUUUUAAGCAUGUGUUCAUGUUAUUCUGUGUUGUGUGCCACCCUCUAAUAAAUGUUAUACCACUCCA